CUGAUCCACUGGAACCUGCCGAGUUUACCAGGAGAAAGCUUUGCUCCACUGCUUUGUGUUUUAGCUGAAAAGUGGAGAAAGAGCAGCCCAUCUGCUUCCCAUUCCUAAAUGCCUUGUCAUUGUCAGAGGAGCAGACAGUCAGCAGAGACCUUCUGAGGAACAUGGAAACCAUGGAGAACCCAGUCCUGGAGCCCAGAUCCGAGCGGAUCGCCCGCUAUAAGGCUGAAAGGAGACGGGAGCUGGCUGAGCGCUAUGGCAACCUGGAGGAGCUGCCUUCCAAGUGUGUGAGGAGGGAUGGGAGGGAGGCGAGCGACCCAGCUGCCCACACCCACAAAGGGACGCUGAACUCAGACGGCACACCGGCCCUCGGCGAAGGGGUCAACGGCAGGACACGCAGGGUUACAAAUGGCUUUGAGGCAGACGCUCUUGCAGAGUCCGCAUGUCUGAGAAGGCUGUUAAACACAGAGGAAGAGGAGAACUCAAAAGCUGAUGUGAAAACAGAUGACAGAGCCAAGAUGAGUGUGGCAGCCAAGAUGUCUUUGUUUAAAGAGCUGGAGAAGACUGCUGCCCCAGAGGCAUCUGCCUUCCUGAAGCCUCGCUCCGGGAGCGGCUGUCAUGAGCGCAGGGUGCGCCGUGGCAACGAGCAUCGCUUUCUCACUCAGCCAAUCACCUGUGAGGAAAUGGUGGCCAUCAGCGCCCCCCAGCCAGCGCCACCAGCUGAGGCCCAGGCGGUGCAGGCUGAGCCGGUGGAAGACGACGAGAACUGCAAGCUGAGCAUGAGCGAGAAGCUGGCCCUCUUCAACAAGCUGUCCCUGCCGGGGAGCAGCCAGGGCGGCGACCAUCCUGACGCCCCGCCGGAAAGACGAAGACAGAAGGGGGCUCGCUACCGCACACAGCCCAUCACUGUGGAGGAGGUCAGCCUGCUCCAGAAAGGCCCUGUACAGCUUCCUGCAUUUUGUCUGUCCCCUCACUUGUCCGAUAGGCAGCAGGCCCUGUCUGUCAACCUAAAACCCAGCGAGGUACGCCUCACCCAGCCACGACCUGAAACCUGUCCCGGGCCAGGGGAGGCUAGCCCUGCCCAGUCGGGCCUGCAGCGCUGGGAAUCAGAGCCAGGCAUCAGAGGAAUCCUCAAGAAAAGCCGGUCUGGAGGCCCGGAGUGGAGCGGCGUGGACGGCAGCCAGACGGAGGCGCCGCUCAGCCAGGAGCACAACGGUGGAGGUUGGGGAGACGCAGGCGUCCAGGAGAAGACGGAGGAGACCGAGAGGCCGGAAAUCAUUCCUCCACCACGGAGAGAGAGACGUGGGUCCUCAGAGGCAGAUGGAGGCCCACUGUCUGCUGCUCCCUGGAGGCAGCGGGGUCGAACCAGGAGGGAGACGGUUGCCUCUGUCCCAGUGAGAGCCUCAUCAGAGCAGGAGGCCCCUCAGGAGGAGAGGCCCCAGGCUGAGCCGCAGGAGCAGCCUGGUUCUCCACUAGAGCCAAACUCAGAAACUACUGAGAGAGACCGGAGUCAAGAGGAUAAAGAGGAGAGUGAGAGGAGGAUGCAGAGAGAAACUGCACGUCCGGGACGCGUUCAGGUGACCCUGGUAGAUGGCAGCACUCACCUGCAGGAGGCAGAAAACACCAUCAAUAAUAAGGGAGAGAAUGAAAUCCGUCAUGAUGAGAACGUCAAGCCUCAGUGCUGGACUAACAUGUCAUUUGAGGCACAGGAAGUCUCCUCUCCUACCCAAACCCAGUCUCAGCCUCAGUGGAGACAGAAGGCUAAGGCAGCUGAGGAGGAGCAGUGUCACUCAGUGGUGGCAGAGCAAAUGAAUGCACAGCAGGAGAGGGAAGAGCAGGGGGAGACCAGGGAGGACUCAGCCCAGUCUGAUGUGGCUGGACACAUGGCCAAGAGAGGUCUGGGCUCUCCAGAAUCAGACAGAGAUGACACGUCCCACAUGACGACCAACUCCACUGCAGCCCCAGCAUGCAAAUACGAAGAAACCUCCGUGCAGCCUGCGAUGGAGAUGGAAGCGCACGGCCAGAGUGCCUCACUAACCGUGGCUGCACAGGAGGGGAGGGAGGCGAUGCCGGUGGAUGACUCCAACACGCUGGAUGGCUGUUUCUACAGGGAGCAGUGCCCUCCCUUGUCCCGCGCUCCUCCUCCCUCCGGUGACGUUGCUGCCGUCGAGUGCGAGCAGGACCUGAACGUCCUCUGCCAGACCAACACGCCCAUUCUGACCUCAGCAGUAGCAGAGCACCGGCGGGCCGUGCGUCCGUCCCGUCGGACCCAGGGCUCCAGGAACCCUCUGCGGGCUCUGGCAGCCAGGGAAGACAUCAGGCAGGACUACAUGGGGGAGAGAAUCCACAUAGCUGCCGAGGAAAGCAACAGGAUCCAAGCAGAGAAUAAGUCGAAGAAUUCCCACACAGUCGACUCGCUGCUCAGCAGAUCUGAAGACUUCAGUAGCAUCACCUCCUCAGAUGUAGCGACAAACAAGUCACCCUUCAGCAGCCUCAUGCUCAUUCACAUCAAAGGUAGGCGGCAUGUCCAGGUGCGUCUGGUGGAGCCCUCAGUGCGGUCGCUGAACAGCGGAGACUGCUUCCUGCUGGUCGCUCCGGACCUCUGCAUCCUGUGGAGCGGAGAGUUUGCCAACGUCCAAGAGAAAGCCAAGGCUUCGGAGCUGGCUUCGUUCAUCCAGAGCCAGAGGGACCUCGGCUGUCAGGCGUCCCAGGUCCUUCAUCUGGAAGAAGGCUUGAACUCUGACAGCAGCCUGGCCGCAGACUUCUGGAGCCUCCUAGGAGGAAGGACUCAGUACAGAGGAGCGGGUGCACCGGAGGAGGACGAGCUGUUUGAGCGCGGUGUGGUGGAGUCCAACUGUGUGUACAGGCUGGUGGAGAACAGACUGGUGCCCCAUGAACAGGCCUGGGCUUCCAUACCCAGCAUCUCUCUGCUGGGCCCCAGCGAGGCUCUGGUGUUUGACUUUGGCAGUGAGGUGUAUCUGUGGCAUGGAAAGGAUGUUUCCCCCAGCAGCAGGAAGGUUGCUCUCCAGUUGGCUCAGCAAGUGUGGGUGGGAGCUUAUGACUACAGCAACUGUAGAGUCAACCCGCUGGAUCUCACGCACUGUAACCCCAGCAUACAGCUGCGGGGAGAAGGGCGUCCAAGCUGGGCGCUGUUCGGCUGCCUCUCAGAGCACAGCGAGACAGCUCUCUUCCGAGAGAAGUUCCUGGACUGGACAGGCAGCACUGGAGGCAAAGAGGAAGCUGCCCCAGUGGAGCACAAGACACAGCCGGUCCCCUCCCAGUCCUCCCACUCCUCCCAGUCUGAGUCCACACAGCCUGACUGUCUGAGUCCCUGUGAUGCCAAGGCUCUGGUGUCGGGCCAGGGGCUGGCAGGGGACAACGCGGUCCAUAGCGUGCUGGGUGGGGUCGAUGUCCAAAGGGGUCACGGGGUUGUCACACUGGACGACGGCCUUCAGAUGGAGCUGAACUCGGUUGCCGUGGAUACCUGGCACGUCCAGGAGUUUGAUGACAGUGAGGUCCCCGUGGAGAGCACCGGGCAGCUCCAUGAGGGAGAUUCCUACGUCAUCCGCUGGACAUACAGCAUCAACACUGUCGGUAACAUGAACAGCCCAGAUGAUCAGGACGGGGGUCCCAGACAACAGAAGACCGCCUUCUUCCUGUGGCGGGGCCGCCACUCCACCGUCAGCGGGCGGGACACUGCUGCUUUCCUGUCCAUCGGCUGCAACAACCAGGAAGAAACACAGGUGGUGGUCCCUCAGGGAAAGGAACCCCCCUGUUUCCUGCAGCUUUUCCGGGGAGGCCUAGUCAUUCACAAGGGCAGGCGAGAGGAAGCCUCCGCUAAUGCAGCAGAGUGGCGUCUGUUCUGUGUGCGGGGGGAGCUUCCAGAGGAGGGCUCUCUCUUGGAAGUGGACUGCUGCUGUGCUGGUCUGCGCUCCAGGGGCUCGGUCAUCCUGCUCAAUAGCCAGCAGGGGGCGCUCUACCUGUGGCACGGCUGCAAAGCCCACGCCAGCUCCAGAGAGGUCGGCAAGAGGGCGGUGGAACGCCUCACUCACACGUGCCCACCAGAGCUGGGCCUCAGCAGUAGCAGCCCUGUUGCAGUGCAGGUUGUAGAGGAAGGAUCGGAGCCUGCAGACUUCUGGACGGCGCUGGGACAGAUGGACAGGAAGGCCUACGACUGCAUGCUGCAAGAUCCAGGCAAGUAUAACUUCACACCGCGUCUCUUCCACCUGAGCGCCUCCUCCGGGAGCUUCCAGGGCGAGGAGCUGCAGAGUCCGGCCCGGCUGCCGGGGCUUGUAAUGCCAAUGCCUUUCGUCCAGGAGAGCCUGUUCUCUGUACCGCAGCCAGCCCUGUUCCUGCUGGAUAACCGUCUGGAGGUCUACCUGUGGCAGAGGGGUCAGCCUGAGGAGGCAGACAGCGCUGCUUCCGCCUGGAGCCACUGGCAUAAUGAGAGGAGAUGUGCCAUGCAGACUGUGCUCCAGUACUGCACAGAGAUGAACCCAAGACGCCCACCGCAGGCCUACCUCAUCUCUGAGGGAUCUGAGCCCCUCACCUUCACUAAUGUCUUCCCCCGCUGGGAGAGACCCAACACACAGGGGGAUGCUGGGCGGGUCAAGCUGACCUUGGUGCAGGACGCCCUGGCCCAGCUCAACAAGACCCAGUACCCCCUGCAGGAGCUGCUGCAGAGGCCCCUGCCUGCAGGAGUCGAUCCUCAGCGGCUGGAGGUCUACCUGUCAGACCAAGACUUCCAGACUAUUUUGGAAAUGAAGAGAGAUGAAUACGACUCCCUCCCGAGCUGGAAGCAAAUUGAUCUGAAGAAAACCAAAGGGCUGCUUUGCUAGACGGCGAGGACAAGCGGAGGCUGACUGACAAACUGUGGUAGAGAUCACCUCCUCCACUGAGACGAAGACGACGGCGGGGGGAUGUUAGCACCGUGUCGCCGCACAAAGAACUGUUCAAAAACUAACAAAAAGAGGAGGGAAUUCACUUUUAUUUAUGUCGACUUAGGCCGAGCAGAAACUGUUUUUGUAUUUUCUAUUUUUAAGAUGGUACUAUCUUGUCAAUUGAUAACAGCUGUGUACAGUGUUUUCAUAGUAGCUGUUUUCAAGUUGUACGUGUGUGUCUUAUUUAAGUAUGGUGUACUAAGGCCUUAUCGUGUUCUCAGCCAAAUGCUCUCAUUGUUUCAGAGAGCCAGGACUGCAUAUAACCCCUUAAACAGAAGGGCUACCACCCCUAUCCUUAUCCUCUACCCUUUUCUCCUCUUUUUGAAAACUUUACGAGUGUGUGGGCUUCUUAUCAGAUUUGGAUUUCCUUCGGAGCUACUGUGCAAAGCAAAAACAAAAACACAGACAGCGUAACACAUUUUCCUAUGAAACUUAAUUUUAUCUGUACAAAUCAAUGGAAGGAAAAAGAAAAAAGGUCUGCAGGAGGAAACGAGGGACAUCAGUAACAAACUGUGGGAUAGGGAUAGGAAAACAAAGGAGUGCUUACAAAAAGAUCAAUUCCAAUAAACCAUGUAAACAA